CGGACUGACUGGAACAAGUGGUUUUGUACCUUUUUUUCUUCACUCUGAUUUGCUUGGGGGAAAAAAACUUGGACUGAUUUAAAUAUUUGAAGCUCCACAAACAUGCUGAUCGGUCCGGCAGCUCAGGGCAACCCCCUGUUGGCUGCGUUGCCUGUGCAGACUCGCGCAAUUCAGACGCCUCUGGAACUGAAGAACUUCCUGCCCUUCAGACUCAACGGCUCCAACCCACUCAGCCUCUUCCCCAAUUUCAGUACUAUGGACCCUGUACAAAAGGCUGUUAUUAAUCACACUUUUGGGGUUCCUCAGAAGAAGAAACAGUUCAUCUCCUGCAAUAUCUGCCACCUACGUUUCAACUCCACGAAUCAGGCUGAAGCACAUUAUAAAGGACAUAAGCACGCGCGGAAGCUGAAGGCUCUAGAGAACCAAAAGAACAAGCAGCACAGACGGCAGCUCGAUAACACACACAGCAACCGGGACAGAGAGAAAGAGAGAGACCGAGACAGAAGCAAAGUAAACGCACCUGAUCCACUUCCUGCUCUCCUGGAUUCAUGCACAGUGGAAGGAACGAGUGAGUCUCUGCUAUAUGAAUCCGACUCGGUGGUCAAGAUGAGUGAGACUCAGGUCAGCUCGGUGAUCCUCACUCCGGUAUCUGAGGUGUCAUGUUCGGACGUGGCUGUUUCCUCUCCGCCGUCCCAGCACUCAGACAGCCAGCAGGACGCUGCUGGUCCCAGCGAGACAGGCGCCGAGCAGGACAGCCCGGCCAGGGAGGCCUCAAAGGAGAAAGAACCCAGGAGAAACAAGCAGCACCUGCACUGUCCCGUCUGCAAAGUGACAGUUAACUCGGUCACUCAGCUGGAAGCCCACAACAGUGGUACUAAGCACAAACUGAUGCUGGAUGGACAGACUGUGUUGCCCAGAAGACGAGGGAAAGCACUGUCCUCCCGUGCUGUCUGUAAAAGCAAGCGUCUGGCCAGUAAGGGCAGCAUGAGUGUGACCAGCAAGAGCUUCCAGUGUGAAGUGUGUGAGAUCCACGUCAACUCCGAGACCCAGCUCACCCAGCACAUGAACAGUCGCCGACAUAAAGACCGUCUGGCAGGAAAACCCCCCAAGCCUAAAUUCAACCCUCACAUCAAGAGCCAGCCUACCUCAGGAGCAUCACAGAUUGUCAGGUGGACUGGCUAUGCAGGAGGAGCUGUUUCAGCAAUGAAGAAAGUCUUUAACCAAUACAGUCUAACCUCUCUGUCUUCACAGACCAAGCUGGCCCUGCAGAAGCAGCUGACUAAAAAUCUGACGACCAGUUUCUUGCCCACUCCUAUAACUCCGCCCACUUUUUGCACAGUGGCAGCUAAUUCGCUCACCCUCCGCCACCCGGCCACUGCCACUUUUUUUCCGACGCAAAUCUUGGGCCCGACCCUCUUUAGACCUGCACCAGGACCGCUGCGGGCCACACAUACACCUAUUCUAUUCUCUCCUUAUUAA